AUGUUUUCUUUAUCAACUGAAGAAAAGUUGGAAUUAAUUUCGCAAAAAUUGAAACGUUUUAAAAAUCAAUCAAAUAAUUUCAAAGCUGCUUUUAUACCAAACAAUAAUUUAACAGCUGCUAGUUUUUCUGUAUCCCACUGUAUUGUACAGCAUGAUUUACCUAUUAGUAGAAAUACUGUUAAAGAACGAAUUUUAUGUAUGAGUGGCGAUAUAUCAAAUCAGCUUCAAACUGAUUUAGCUUCAGCAGACUUUUUUUCGAUUUGUCUUGAUGAAAGUACAGAUGUAACUUCCCAAGCUCGUGUAGCAGUUUUUGUUCUAUUUAUUAGUGUUAAUAUUAUGAAAGAAGAAUUAAUAAAAUUAAUAACAAUUUCUACUAAAACAACUGGUCGUGAUAUUAUGGAUGAAGUACAUAAAGAGUUUAUAAAUUUAAAAAUCAAUAUUCAAAAUAUUGUUUCAAUAACUACUGACGGCGCUCCAAAUAUGGUUGGUAAAAACAAUGGAUUUAUUAAACUUUUUUCCAAUGAAAUUUUGCAUCCUUUAAUCAACUUUCACUGUAUUAUACACCAAGAAGCGUUGUGUGCAAAAGAUAGUAUGAAAUCGCUUCAAAAAGUAAUGGAAACUGUUACAAAAAUUGUCAAUUUCAUAACAUCUCGAGCUUUAAACAAUCGACAGUUUGCCAAAUUAUUAGAAGAGGUGGAAUCGCAAUACUCUGGCCUUCUUAUGUAUAAUAGUGUUCGAUGGUUGAGUCGCGGGCAAGUUCUUCAUCGAUUUGUUGAAUUACUGGCAGAAGUACGUUUAUUUUUGUCGGACAAAUCUCAAGAUUAUCCAGAGCUUACUGAUUUAAAUUGGUUGAAUGAUUUGAUGUUUUUCACAGAUUUUACUGCAAUUUAUAAUGAUUUAAAUAAAAAACUCCAAGGCCGAGAACUUAAACUUAGUUUUUUUGAGUGGUUAAAUAUUGACAAUUUAGAAAUGGAGUUAAUAGAAUUUCAGGGAAGUAAUAUUUGGAGAAAUAAAUUUAUUAAUUUGAAUAAUGAGCUAGAAAAUAAUCAUCAUGAAAUUGGUAGGAAUUUUAAAUCGGAAAAUUUGAUUCUUAAUGAGUGGAAAAGUCUUCCAAAUUCAUUUGCAUCUAUGAAAAAACUAGCUCUUUCUUUAUUGACAAUGUUUGGAUCAACUUAUGCGUGUGAGCAGCUUUUUUCUUCAAUGAAUUUUAUUAAAUCAACUGUAAGGAAUCGUCUUGGAACAGAUUUAAGUGAAGCAUGUGUUCAAUUAAAAUCGACCAAGUACAGUCCAAGAAUUGAUUCAUUAGCCAAUAAAAUGCAGCAACAAAUUUCUCAUUAA